GCAUAAAGGCCCAAAGUUGCCCUCCGCAGCCAUCUAUCUUCAACUCUUUUUUUAAAUCUCUCUGUAAAUCUCUCUCUCUCUCUCUCUCGCUCGUCUCUCAAUCUCGAUUCUCCAACCAAACCCAAACCUAAUCAUCACCUUCCCCACUCCACUUCUCCGAUUUAAUCUCAAUUCAAACGAUCACAAUCAUCAUCUCCUCACACAUUUUUCUCAAUAAACCUCUCGGUAGCAUAGAGCUGUCACUUUCCUUUGUAUGGAUGACAAGAUAGGAAUCUGACACAAAUCUUCAGAUAAAUUGCUUAAUUGAAAGGAAAAGUAGGUGAAGGUGGGGGAAUAGCUCUCUCAGAAUAGUUUAAACCAUCUUCCCUUUUGUGUAUGCAGAUACUUCCCUGGAUACCUUUUAUUCUGCAUCUCUUUAAUUGCUUUCCCACAGCUUUUGUCCUUCAUAUUCCUGGUGUUCCUUCCAAGCUUCCUCUUACACUAUACUCUCAAAUUAUCAUACCUUAAAGUUGGGAAUGAUAAACAUUGUAGAUAAAGUAACUGCUAAUGCCCCCUGGUCAUAGUGCUAUGUUAGUAAAAAUGGUUAUCUAGUAAUCUGAGAUCUCAGAACGUUUGGACAUGGAACUUUCAUCUGGUGAAGAGAAACCCGAGGACUAUCUUUUCAAGAUUGUACUAAUCGGUGAUUCAGCUGUUGGAAAGUCAAACUUGCUCGCAAGAUUUGCAAGAAAUGAGUUUAAUCCCAAUUCAAAAUCAACAAUAGGAGUUGAGUUCCAGACCCAGAAAAUGGAGAUUAAGGGAAAGGAAGUUAAAGCACAGAUCUGGGACACAGCUGGUCAAGAGCGUUUUAGGGCUGUUACAUCUGCAUACUAUAGAGGUGCAGUGGGAGCUCUUGUGGUAUAUGACAUCAGUAGACGACAAACUUUUGAUAGCAUUGGCAGAUGGCUUAACGAACUUCACACUCAUUCAGACAUGAAUGUUGUUACCAUACUUGUCGGCAACAAGAGUGAUCUUGAAGAUGCCAGGGAGGUUUCUUCAUCUGAAGGGAAAAGUGUAGCGGAGGCGCAGGGUCUUUUUUUCAUGGAAACCUCAGCUCGUGAUUCGUCAAAUGUUACUGCUGCUUUUCAGACAGUAGUGAAAGAGAUUUAUGACAUCUUGACCCGGAAAGUUAUGCAAUCCCAAGAUUUCAAGAAACCAGAGCCCGGGAAUGGCAAGACUGUAGUCCUGAAUCCGGAUGAUAAACAGGAUGUAGGUGAAGCACCAAAAACAUCAGGGUGCUGUUCAUCUUAGCCAUGCACAUCUGUGAAUUGUGAUUCUCCAGCUAAGAUCUUUUUUCAUUUGUCUGUUCCAGAGGAAAAAAUUUCAGACUUUUCACAACCUGAUGUAAUUUUUUCCUGCUGAAAUUAAGAACAGAGAUCCACCGAACCUUGGCCGCAAGGAAAGAUUCUGUUAGAAGUUGUAAAUGACCUGAGAAGAUAAGUUUUUGGUAAUUAUGUGAAAUAUCCAUCUUCUGUUGUA